UAUUUCGACGCCGCCAUGGCCUCGCCCGGGCUCGCGGAGCCGCGGUUCAUCAAAGUGGGCUACGUGGACGAUCAGCAGUUCGUGCGCUUCGACAGCGCCCGCGCGAGUCCGAGGAUGGAGCCGCGGGCGGCGUGGAUGGAGCGGAUGGACCGGGAGGACCCGGACUACUGGGAGCUGAAGACACGGAAGGCCAGGCAGAACGCAGAGAAUUUCCGAGCGGGCCUGAAGAUCCUCCGCGGCUACUUCAACCAGAGCGAGGGCGGGGUCCACACCCUCCAGCGCAUGUACGGCUGCGAGGUCUCCCCCGAGCUCACCUUCCAGCGCGGGUUUUUCCAAGACGCCUACGACGGGCGGGACUACAUCGCCCUGGACACGGAGACCUCCACGUGGACGGCGGCGGUGCCGCCCGCUGUGAACACCAAGCGCAAGAGGGAGGCGGACAGGAGCAUCACGGAGGAUUGGAAAGCCUACCUGGAGGAGGAGUGCGUGCUGUGGGUGAAGAAGUACCUGGAGAUGGGGAAGGAGACGCUGCAGCGGGCAGACCCGCCCUCCGCUCGAGUGACCCGCCAUACUGCCCCCCACGGGGAGGUGACCCUUCGGUGCCGGGCCCAGGACUUCUACCCCGCGGACAUCUCCCUGACCUGGCUGCGGGAUGGGGAGGAGCAGCUCCAGGACAUGGAGUUCAUUGAGACCAGGCCAGCGGGAGACGGGACCUUCCAGAAGUGGGCAGGUGUGGACGUGACCUCGGGCCAGGAAGAGAAAUAUACCUGCCGAGUGCAGCACGAGGGACUGCCUGAGCCCCUCACCCUGAAGUGGGAGCCAGAGUCCUCAUUCCCCUGGUUCAUUGUGGUGGUCAUUGCUGUCCUCCUCCUCCUCCUCAUUGCAGUCAUUGCUGGAGUUGUGAUCUGGCAGAGGAAGAAUUCAGGUGGGCAGGACUGGGAGGGGGCCCUUAGGGAGCAGGUGCCAUGGAGAUCC